AGCGCCGAGAGCCCGCCGGUGCCGCGAGAGCCUGCCCAAACGGGCGGCGCGCCGGACGUCGGAGAGAGCCCCGCCUAGGGUCAACGAAAGGGGGGGAUAGGCCCUCCGCUUCCCUCUCUCUUGCCGCCCCCUAUCGUUGCCCCUCACCCGCGCACCUGCGGCGAAGCCUGCCGCGGCGCGGCGCGCGAUCGGGCGAUGCCCCCGAAGAAGAAGGUCGAUUCGGAGAGGGACGUGAAGAAGUUCAUCGCGGAGGAGGACCGCCUACGAGCAGCCAAGUCCCACGACCGCGGCUUGGCCAACAUUAGCCGCGUCACCGAGUGGCACGAGGGCAAGCAGAAGGGUGACUUCGCUGAGGAUGCGAAGAGGUCCAAGUCGUUCAUUCGCGAGGAGCCCGGGAAGAGGAAGAGAAGGAGGAAGACGUCGAAUGUGACACGCUUGCUGCAGGAGGAUGAGGAGGACAAGUGCUGCAUUUUCAGAGGUGGGCGCGCGGGCGUGCAGAGCAAGGCUUGCGGUUCGCCGUGAUCUGAGGUACCCACCUUGGCCCGUAUUCCCAGCGCUCGGCGGCGAGCCAACACACUAACUCUAUGUGUGCGUCGUCCUCCCAGGAGCGACGCGCCCGCCGAG